AGUGAGAGAGAGAGAGAGCGAGAGAGCGAGCCAGAGCAAGUCUGGCAGGGGUUGGCACUAGCUGUUGCCAUGACAAGCCUUUUCUGAAGAAAGAUCUACCGUUAAGACGGUCCAGAGCUGGGGGGGCCACUAACUUCCCAGGACUUCCCUCUGGAAAGAGUAAGGGCCAAGGAAAGGCACCCCAGCCUCCCUUCCAUUCGCUUUCUUCCAGGGUUCCCAAGGACCUUCUCCCUUGGAGGGCCAGAAUAGGAGACCCAGCCCACUCUCAAACCCAAAGCGGGAAAGCGAGCAAGCACACAGGCAUCUUUAGCAACUAUUACUAUAUUAGGAGGGCCGGUGGGUGGUCCUGCCCACCCCACCCCGCUCCACUCUAUGGAAACCCGCAGGGAGAUUCCCGCUUGAAGAAGUCUGGAUUCUUGCUAGCAGGAGAGCUCCAAGUGCCUCCAGUCUCCAGGCCCUCCUCUUCUUGGCCUUCAUCUUGACCUCCCUCCUUACUCCUGUGCCCCCCCCCCAAGCUGGUCUCCUCGGUUGCCAAGGAUGCCUCCCCGGUAACAUGAACAUUCUGUCUCCACCUGGCUAUUAGGAAGUCGAGUCCCUGGUAACAUGAACAUUCCGCCUCCACCUGGCUCCUAGGAAGUCGAGUCAGCUGGGCCCAGGGCCUAGGGACGCCAAUUCCCACAACACCGGCUGUCUGGCACCCUCUCUCUUCCCCCUUCCCUGUGGGGCCCCUCAUCUUCCCGGCCAACAGCCGCCCCCAACCCCCCACAGCCAGGAAGGGGGCCAGGGCCAGGCUGCCCCUCUAGGAAGCAGGCCUGCAGGUCCUGAGUGAACCUGAGCCCCACCCCACACCGGCUGCCGCAGCCCCCUAGUUGGGGCCAUUCCCUCCAGAAACAUGAGUAAGAGCCACCUGAACUCAGUGGGCACCGAAGCCAUGGACAAGGAAUUUGGCUGCACCUUGAAGGAGCUUAAGAAGUUUAUGGAGCUGCGCAGCCAUGAGGCUGUGACCUUCCUCAAUGACCACUACGGGGGAGUGCUGAACCUCUGCAAGUUGCUGCAAACCUCACCCAUAGAAGGACUGUCUGGGGACCCUGAAGAUCUGGAGAGACGCAAGAAGGUGUUUGGAAAAAACUUCAUCCCUCCUAAAAAGCCCAAGACCUUUUUGGAGUUAGUGUGGGAAGCUCUACAAGAUGUCACACUCAUCAUUCUGGAGGUUGCAGCAAUCAUCUCCCUGGGCCUAUCCUUCUAUAGACCUCCUAGUGAAGACAGUGAACAUUGUGGCCAAGCCACCAUUCCGACAGAUGAAACAGAGGCAGAGACUGGAUGGAUGGAAGGAGCAGCAAUCCUGUUCUCAGUCAUCAUUGUGGUGCUGGUGACAGCCUUCAAUGACUGGAGCAAGGAAAAGCAGUUCCGGGGCCUACAGAACCGGAUCGAGCAGGAACAGAAGUUCUCUGUUAUUCGCAAGGGCCAAAUCAUCCAGUUGCAUGUGGUUGACAUUGUGGUGGGAGACAUUGCCCAGAUCAAAUAUGGUGACUUGUUGCCUGCAGAUGGGGUCCUGAUCCAAGGGAAUGAUCUGAAAACUGAUGAGAGUUCCCUAACUGGAGAGUCUGACCAUGUCAAGAAGAGUCCGGAUAAGGAUCCCAUGCUACUUUCAGGGACCCAUGUGAUGGAAGGGUCAGGCCGGAUGGUAGUGACUGCGGUGGGUGUGAAUUCCCAAACUGGAAUCAUUUUCGCCCUUUUGGGGUCAUCAGAGACUGAAGUGAUAAAGGAGGAAGAAGGUAAAAAACAAGGAGCCUCUGAAAAUCGCAACAAAGCUAAGACUGAAGAUGGAGUGCCUCUGGAAAUGCAGCCCCUGAAGAGCCAAGAAAGCUUAGAGGAAGAAGAUAGGAGGAGGAGGAGGGUGCCCAAGGAAAAGUCAGUGCUACAGGGCAAACUGACGCGUUUGGCCGUUCAGAUUGGAAAGCUGGGUCUUUUCAUGUCUUGUCUCACAGUCCUUGUCCUGGUACUGUCCUUUGUGAUCGACACAUUCGGGGUGCAAGGUCAGAGUUGGAAGAAAGAUUGCAUCGCUCUCUACAUCCAGUAUUUUGUCAAGUUCUUCAUCAUUGGCAUCACUGUGCUUGUAGUAGCUGUACCAGAAGGGUUGCCUUUGGCCGUCACCAUCUCACUGGCCUAUUCUGUCAAGAAAAUGAUGAAGGAUAAUAACCUCGUGCGUCACCUGGAUGCCUGUGAGACUAUGGGGAAUGCGACAGCCAUCUGCUCAGACAAGACGGGCACACUGACCUUGAACCGCAUGACGGUGGUUCAGGCCUUCAUAGGGAACAUUCACUUCAAGGAGAUCCCCAGCCCAGAUGCCAUUGCACCCAACACCUUGGACCUAAUUGUCAAUGGCAUCUCCCUCAACAGUGCCUACACAUCCAAGAUCUUGCCUCCAGAGAAGGAAGGAGGGCUUCCUCGACAGGUGGGAAACAAAACCGAGUGUGGCUUGCUGGGCUUUGUCAAAGACAUGAACUAUGACUACCAGGCAAUAAGGAAUGAGGUCCCAGAGGAGAAAUUCUACAAAGUCUAUACCUUCAACUCAGCACGCAAGUCAAUGAGCACAGUUAUUAAGAACUCAGAUGGGACUUUUCGAAUGUACAGCAAGGGGGCUUCAGAGAUGAUCCUGAAAAAGUGCCUUUGGAUCCUGGACAAUAAUGGGGAAGCACAGACGUUCAAUCCCAGAGAACGGGAUACUUUGGCACGUCAUGUGAUUGAGAACAUGGCCUGUGAAGGGCUUCGGACCAUCUGUCUCGCUUACCGGGACUUCGAAGAAGAGCCUGAUUGGGAAAAUGAGCAUGAGAUCCUCUCUAACCUGAUCGGCAUUGCUGUGGUUGGCAUUGAAGACCCUGUGCGCCCAGAGGUGCCUGCAGCCAUCCACAAGUGCAAAGGGGCUGGCAUCACUGUCCGGAUGGUGACAGGAGACAACAUCAACACAGCCCGAGCUAUUGCCACCAAGUGUGGCAUCCUGACUCCUGGUGACGACUUCCUGUGCUUAGAGGGCAAAGAGUUCAACCGACUUAUCCGAAAUGAGAAGGGUGAGGUGCAGCAGAAUCAGCUGGACAAGAUAUGGCCCAGGCUCCGGGUGCUGGCUCGAUCAUCCCCUACUGACAAGCACACACUUGUGAAAGGUAUCAUUGACAGCACUGUGGGGGAACAACGGCAGGUGGUGGCUGUUACUGGGGAUGGGACCAACGAUGGGCCAGCCUUGAAGAAAGCAGACGUCGGCUUUGCCAUGGGCAUUGCGGGCACAGAUGUGGCAAAGGAGGCUUCAGACAUUAUUCUAACAGAUGACAACUUUACCAGCAUUGUUAAGGCGGUGAUGUGGGGUCGAAAUGUCUAUGAUAGCAUUUCCAAGUUUCUGCAGUUCCAGCUCACUGUCAAUGUGGUGGCCGUGAUUGUGGCCUUCAGUGGGGCCUGUUUUACCCAGGAUUCCCCACUGAAAGCUGUGCAGAUGUUGUGGGUGAACCUGAUCAUGGAUACUUUUGCCUCUCUGGCCCUGGCUACUGAACCACCCACAGAGGAGUUGCUGUUGAGACGACCCUAUGGCCGAGAUAAGCCACUGAUCUCCAGGACUAUAAUGAAAAACAUCCUGGGCCAUGCAGUCUUCCAGCUUGCCAUCAUCUUUAUCCUUCUCUUUAUUGGUGAACAGCUCUUUGACAUUGACAGUGGGAGGAAAGCCCCCUUAAAUGCCCCACCCUCUGAACACUAUACCAUUGUGUUCAAUACCUUCGUGCUGAUGCAGCUCUUCAAUGAAAUCAAUGCCCGAAAAAUCCAUGGUGAGAGGAAUGUCUUUGAAGGCAUGUACCAUAACCCCAUCUUCUGUUCUGUGCUGUUGGGCACGUUUAUCACCCAGGUCUUGAUAGUGGAAUGUGGGGGCAAACCCUUUAGCUGCACGAGCCUUUCUUUGAGCCAGUGGUGUUGGUGUCUUUUCAUUGGGAUUGGAGAGCUGGUAUGGGGCCAGAUAAUCAACACAGUGCCUACUGCAAGCUUGGCUUUUUUGAAGGAGGUCGGGCAUGCCACCACCAAAGAAGAGAUCUCUGAGAAAAACCUGGCUGAUGGGAUGGAGGAAAUUGACCAUGGAGAAAUGGAGCUGCGCCGUGGCCAGAUCCUCUGGUUCCGGGGCCUGAAUCGCAUCCAGACUCAGAUUGAGGUAGUUAACCAAUUCCAGAUGGCAGCCAGCUCUCGUCAGGGCCGGAGGAGAAUGAACACCCUGAGUCUGCAAGAUAUAAAACCUGUUUCUACCCCAACUCUUAUCAAAGUCGUGAAAGCAUUCCGUAGCUCCCUCUUUGAAGGCCUUGAGAAACCCGAAACCCGAAGCUCUAUCCAUAACUUCAUGACCCAUCCCGAGUUCACCCUGGAAGAAGAUGAGCCAAGAACGCCACUCCUGGAUGGCAGCGAGGAGAAUGAAGAUAGCAAAGAGCCUGGGACAUACAGAUUCCCCAAGGCCAGUGGGAGCAAAGAACCCCCCUCCCUUCUGUCCCACAACAAAAACGACAAUGCUUUGGACUCCAACCCAGUGUAUAUCACAAUCUCCAACUCAGACAGCACCUUACAUAGCCUGGAGACAUCCGUUUGACCCUCAGAACUCUGGCUUCCAUCCUGGAUUUCUCCCAUGUCUCCCCUUAUCUGCCCUUUUCACGUGAUAUCCAUGUGGUAAUGGGACUUCUUAUUGUCAUGUCAACUGCUCCUCUGUGUGCACCCUGCAUGGAUUCCCAUCCGGCCAUUAGAAGCAAGAGCAGACACAUUCAGGGACCCCCUAUAUGACUUUGCAUUGGUGUUUGGAGUCAGGGGCUUCAUAGCUGAUGCAAGCAGUGCUGGGGUCUCCUCAUGUUGGGCUCUGUAAAUCAAUAGUGUUUUUGUUAGCUUUUUUUUUUUUAAAGAAAGGCAACAGCCCCUGUCGGCCCUCAAAUGAUUUCCUGUAUUUGUGGGCAUAGAACACAAGAAAACCUCUUGGCUCCUAUGAGCCAAUGUGAGCUGUUAGCUAAACAAGGAUGCAGAGGGAGAAAGCUAUCUCUAAAAGGAAAUAAUAUAGGAUCAGGGGUGGGAAGAGAUGGGGGAAAUGGGAUUUGCAGAAUCAGUCUAUAGACAAUGAUUGCUUUUAAACAAGUCUUCCAUUUUGAAAAUUUCUACGUAAGCUCCUUAGCUCUUUCAGGCCUUCCUUCCCUAUCUCUCCUCAGUUCUUUUUAGCCCUUUUCUUCCCCUCUUCCCUCCCUCUUUUCUCAUUCUCAGUGGUAAUAAUUAAGAGAGUAAGGAAAACACUGAGGGAAUUGAGUGACCAAGUCCUAGCUUGGUUUGCCAAGCCUCAGUCUGACUGAACUCCCUUCUGCCUCUGGAACCAAGGGAGGCUUCAGUUAUGCUUCUUGGAACCAGUUUUGGUCCUGAAAGGAUUCCAUUUGAACAGUAAAGUAAGCCAAGCAAUUUGGGUGUGUUGUGUGUAUGUGUUUGCCCUAUGGGUAUACUGUGCCUUCUCCUCCAAACCUCCAUGUGGUCAGAUAGGGGAGAGGCCAGUUUUUAAAUGUCAUGAGAAGAAGCCUCCACUUGGGAGGGGGUCAUGCCUUUGAGUGGUAGGUUGUGUUUCCUGGGGUCUAAGCAGAAGGGGUGAGCCAGAUCUGACUGUCCUCCAUCUGGUCCCAUAUUAAGGACCAGAAACCAGCAGAAUCUUGGGUAAGACAGGCCAUUAGAGUAACUAACAUUGGGUUUUCUACCUAGCACAAUCCUUGGUGUUUGCAAAGCAGUCUGCCAAGGCUCUGCCAACUCAGGGUGUCGGGAUGAGGAAGAGAGUCAAGUGUUUGAGGAGUUCUCCAGAAAUACUGAGGAAGGUUGUUCAGGUCAGAGCCAGAGCAGGCCUUGCUUCACAGGGUUAAGAAGAUCAGUUACCACCUUUGGAUCCCCUCUGAUUUACUAAGUCUGUGCCCUGUAAGGGGUCUCCAGCACACCCCAAAACUUAGUUUAAAAACUACCUAUUAUCAACUAGGUGCUGCAGUAGUAUUUGGCUAAUUAAGGCAGCGAGAGGAGCUCACCCUCUCACCCUUGGUUCUCCGUCACCCCCUCUUCAAGACCUUUUCUAGGGAUGAGCUCUAAGCUGCUGCCCAGUGAAGCCCUGUGCCUUUUCCCCCCUCCCCACCGCUCCCCAACACUGCCCAAAGCCUCCCCUUCCAGCCUGACACUCAGGAGUUGGGGACUUUACUGAGAGAUGUUUUUUAAGUGUUCCUUGACAAGGAUGCGAUGGAGCUGUGCAUUCUGGGAACUCCAUUUUUGUCCCUGCUGACAUUGACUGAUUCUUUUCUGUAUGUGGGGUCAGGCCUAUCACUCGAAUUUGCCACUUUCCAUCUUCACUGGAUGAUGGAGACUCCACCCAGAAGGAGGGAUGAAAGAAGGGGAGGGGGGAUCUCAAAGCUCUAAUAAACUGCCAAAUUGCCAAGAAUUCAAAUCACCAAACGCUUUUCUACUUGUGAGGAGAAUCUUCCUGCUCCAGAGCACCUCUCCACCAGUUUCCACUCCAGCAGUCUAACUUGGGAGGAAUAAGGAAAUCAAACACUGCUUACUCAUGGCCACACCCCCCAAUACUACAUAAUCCAUCAGCCUAGGAAAUAAAAAGGAAUUUUGGUUUGGUUUUCAAAGGUUACAUGCCUUGGUGAUCAUUUUUCCUAUAUUAAAUACUCUGGGGGAGGGGGGAACAGGGUAGAGGUGAGAAAAAGCUCAGCUCACCCAAGGUGGUAUUAGGAGCUUGCAUGUAUGUGUGUAUAUAUACAUAGAUACAUAUAUGUAUGUAUAUACAUCUGUAUUAAAAAUACAUUGCGGGGGGGGGGGGCAGCUAGGUGGUGCAGUGGAUAAA